AUGGAAAAUUUUAAUCCAAAAAGUGAAUUUUACAUUCGAAUGAACAAGUAUUAUUUGGACAAACCGGGAAAAAAGCCAUAUACAAAUAUGAAGAUUGAGACAAUUAUAGCCGAAAUUACUGAUGCUAAAUUAAACAAAGGUGCAAAGAAAAUACGUGAUUAUUAUAUUUUACAAAAAUAUGAUGUAUUAACUGUGGCCGAGAAGAAAUAUUUAAUUCAUAAAAAAACGGACGACAAAGAUGAUAUCAAAAUUUGUAAAAUUGAAUCCACAGAAGACUUUUGUGAUUUGUGUAAAACAAAUCAAAAAAUAGAAGAAGAACGUGAAGCAGCGCAUAUAGGUCAAAACAAAGCCGCCAAAAGAAUGUUACAGGUUAUAAUUCCUACGUUCAAUAUUAAUGACUGUAUCACAAUUCCUGUUCCAAAAGUCGAUAGAGGGCCUUUGGACCCAACACGCAUAAUUGCUGUUAUAGUUGAGAAAAGAAAUGAGUUGUAUAGAGUAAAAACUGAACAUGGUUUAAUUAAAGGAUGGUUAAGUUCUGGAAAUAUGCAGCGUACCACAUCAUAUUUCAUAUCUGCUAAUCAAGUUGACAAGCAAAACGAAUUAACUUUGCGUGAAACAGUUAAAAUUAUAUCUGGAGGUCAAGGAUUUUUGAGUUGUACAUGCAAAAGUGCUUGUCAAACUAAACGUUUUGCUUGUUUUAAAAGUAGUAUUAAAUGUAACAGCCGUUGCCAUAAUUCAUUGAAUUGUUUAAAUAAAUAA